AUGGAUUGUGGUACCGAAUGCCCCGCAAGCAUUCCAACCCACUCUCUAGAAGCCCACAAAGCUCUAGUAGACUGGGUCAUCAGCCAUGGAGGCUCAAUCGACGAAAGCGUCCGCGUAGCCCAGGAUGCCUCACGAGGAGUGCAUAUCCAAGUGAAAGCCGAUUGGCCAACACCUGUCUCCAAAGAGACACGAGUGAUAAAUACACCAAUUACUGUGACAAUGUCCUACUAUAAUGCAAUCAACCACAGGUCCGCCAAGGGAUCAUUUCCAAACCGUGGUGUAGAUCUUCCUCGCGCGUUCAUUGACGCUGUUGGGCCCGAAGAGACGGCGGCGUUCUUCCUUAUGGGCCAAUUUCUGCUUGGGGAGCAGGGAUUUUGGUUUCCGUAUUUGCGAACUUUGCCGCAGCCGGGGCAAUUGACGACGCCUUUGUUCUUUGGGGAAGAGGAUGUGGACUGGAUUCAGGGUACAGGGAUCCCUGAUGCGUCUGUGUUUAGAUUUCAGGUCUGGGAUGAAAAGUAUGAGUCUUCCAUGACUAAAUUGGAGGAAUUGGGCUUUGGAAAUCUGGAACCGUUUACAUGGGACUUGUAUCUUUGGGCUUCGACUAUUAUUACCUCGAGAGCUUUCUCAUCAAAGGUUUUAGGUAGUGUCAUUGAUGAGUCUGAUUCUCUAGAUGGAGUGUCUGUUUUGUUGCCAGUCAUCGAUCUUCCUAACCACCGCCCACUGGCAAAGGUCGAAUGGCGGGCAGGCGAGAAAGAUGUCGGGAUGAUUGUGCUAGAGGAAGUUGCACCCGGCCAAGAGCUCUCCAACAACUAUGGACCUCGUAACAAUGAGCAAUGUCUGUGGUAUCGCGUUCCAACUAUUUAUACCCAGCACUAA